AUGUCGUCUCGAUACAGCUGCAUGAAGUGCCAGACCGACAGUCACAGUGACCUGUACUGCCCUGAAGUGACAUGUACCGAGUGCCACACUCAAGGUCACCGCCACUAUGUCUGUCCUAAGAUAAGCAGUCAAGAUAAGCAGAAGACUCCCCAGGGCGCAUGUUACAACUGUCAAGUUGUGGGUCAUUUCGCUGCAGAUUGCCCAGAACCCAGUCGAAAGAAAACUUCAGCAGCGCCUUCCAUGUUGACACCAGUGGCACCCGUGGCACAAGUGACACACGUGCUUCAUCUCAUAGUAGCCAUGCAUGUCGAUGCAUCGCACAACUCCAUACAGGCAUCACACCGAGUCUUGGGAAAUGAAAACGGGACAGAAGCCCCUCAAGAAAGCACACUUCAAAGCGCCUGA